CUAUCUUGUUCAUCCUGACAUCUCAUUUAUCCCCGCCAUAAAGCUUCAUGGCGUCGUUCUAUUCCUUCGCUGUCUGGAAAAACCGGAAAGGCAAAGUGCCUGUUAACAAUGAAUCCGACGAAACGCUCAGGAGCGAACUCAAGUUUAAAAGCUACAAAGGCAAAGAACCCGUUAGCAGUGAGGGCGGCGAGGACCUCACGAGCGAACCCGAGGUGGAAAUCGGCCCACCGGUAUUCCCGAUACAUCUUAUAGGAGCAACGCGAUGGCCAAUAGGAACAUUCCUCAACGCCGAACCUCUUUCCUUACCUUUUAAGUAUGCCCUAAGCCUGGAUAACUGUCCAGCACCAGUGGGACCCUGGGGAACGCCGAAUCCGGUCAAAAUAAAGUUCGGCUGUAACGAUAUCAACCCGGUUUCAGCACCAGCGCGAGUAUUCCCAAGGGUCUCUAGGAUUUCCCAGUUCAAAGAAAAAGUCUCCUUGGACACACAAAAUCAUGCACAAAUGAGUAGUGAUGGUUACGACACCCGCCGUCCUUCGAUGGCAGCACGACCACUCUCAGCAGACCCAAGGGAUUCGAGGUUCGUAAUCCUACCACCAAACGAGAAUCCACAAGUACCUUCAGAACUAGUUGAUUCUGCUGCAGCUGUGGUAUUCCACCAAGAGAUGCGGCUUUUGGAACCUAUGUUUCAAUCAGCGGUAAAGCCAUUAGCAUUGUCGGAGGCAGGACCGAGCAGACAUUCCCCGGCUGGGCGUUUCCAGGAAAAAUGUUUUGAUAGGGCGUCAAAUAUGGCAUUAGUCGAUUGGGCAGGCAAUAGAGCCCUAGGUCAGGGUAGCAGCCAGAACAAGUACCAUACAGUCCCUAUGGAGCGGCCAAAUAACGACGCCCACUCUCGUCCUCAGAGCUGUCGAAACGACCAAAGUUUAGAAAACCUCAUGUUUAUCCUCUUGUAUGUAUACCAGGAACGUUACAACCCUGAAAACCUCAAACUCCUUCUCUGCCAACAUAACGAUCCCAAAUCGGACUGCAGAUACUUUGUCGCCCGCCUCGUUUGUAAAACCAGCGGUGAGGAACCAAAAGCAGGCUCAACUGUGUCUACAUCGUCUAUGAAGCCGGUUUAUGAAAGUUGGGCGGAUGUCGAGCGUGACUGUGCUAUGUAUUCAUUGCUGAUGACUACCGAGCAUGAUUUGGGGCUGUUCUUCGAUAAGCAGCAUAUGGCGCACAAGCGUCAGCGGGAGAUUGAGGGAAAGGCGGAGACUGAGUUCAAUAAGGAUGGGAAAGGGAAUUCUAUAGCUCAGCGGGUGGAUUCCGUAGUUGGAGAUCCUCUGGAACAGUAA